AUGUCGCAAACACCGAACGUGCCGUCUGUGAUCUCAAACGCCGCAAACGCCAGACAGCAGGUUCCACUACGAGAUUACCUCAACGCACGCGUUGCGCCCUUCUUGAAGAAAGCCAUUACAGAGAGUUUGAAUGCCGAAGCGGAAUUCCCACUCCAGUGGCUGGGAGAAUGUCUAAUACACCAAUCUUUUCUUUACGAAGGCAACUCCGAUAGGACCAAUAUCCGCGAGAGGUUCCUCUACAAAUUUGACGACCCUAAGCCGGUAGAGCAGGCGAUUGCCGACUCCGCAGCACCACCGCCGACUGCAGCGCAAUCUGCAACAAGUGGUUCGCCGCAAGGGGUCCCUCUCCAAGAGCAACCCGAAGUCUCAUUGAAUGAGGCUUCCGAUAUUUCUACACAGCAAGCACCGCCUGCACAAACCAAUGAGAUAUCCACGCCACAGGCAACCGUUACAGCGGAUGUUCCACCUGUUAAUGGGAUUAAAGAGGAGGGAGGCGCAACACACCAGGGAACAGACGGUGAUACGGAUAUGGGAGGGACGUCAUGA